AAGACGUCAGAGGAAAGGAAGAUGGCUGCCGCGCUGAAGGCGGAAGGUAAAGUAGUUUGUGGAGGUGUUUGUGUCGAACCGCACUUACUGGCGACGCGUUCCCAGCUUUAGCGUCGGCUGCCACCCCCCACACUCGGAGUGGGUCUGUGUAGGUGGCUGUGCGUCUGCGUUGUGUGAGACCACCCUGCAUGGACUCGUCGCCAUGAGCAACAAGGAGAUGGUUUCCAUAGGUCACACUGGACAGAGAAACAAGCUGCUGGAAUGCCUCCCUCGCUCGUCCUGUCUGCCCAACGAGCGUCUGAGAUGGAACACUAACGAGGAGAUUGCAUCUUAUCUGGUAAGCUUUGAUAAGCAUGACGAGUGGCUCUCCUGCACCCUGAAAACCAGGCCCAAGAAUGGCACCAUCAUCCUCUACAACAGAAAGAAGGUCAAAUACAGGAAAGAUGGCUACUGUUGGAAGAAACGCAAGGAUGGGAAGGACACCCGAGAGGAUCACAUGAAGCUGAAGGUGCAGGGCAUGGAGUGCCUCUACGGUAACUACGUUCAUUCCGCCAUUGUGCCAACAUUCCACCGGCGGUGCUACUGGCUACUACAGAACCCAGACAUUGUGCUCGUCCAUUACCUGAACGUGCCCUCCUUGGAGGAUUCUGGCAAAUGCAGUCCGCUGCUGUGCGCUGUGACCACUCGCCACGACAGCGUGAAAUGGAACCGUGACGACUUGCUGGGUCAGCUCAAGCCCAUGUUUCACAGCAUCAAGUGUUCCAGCGGGAGCGGUGAUUUCAGCAUCGAGGAUUUGGUGCAGCUCAUCCUGGAGCGCCAGAGAACCAAACCGCAGCCGCGCACUCACGCCUGCCUCUGCAAUGGCAGCCAGGGAGGGAACAUUCCCCACAGCUGCAACAGCACCAAGCACCGUAUCAUCUCCCCCAAGUUGCCCCCAACGUCGUCCUCGCCGCUGUCCUCAGAGACGGGGGAAGUGGGGGGCGGCGGGGGUGACGCCAAACUGCCCCAGCUCCAGGCUCAGGGCAGCCCCGCCUCCUCCUCUCCAGGCCUCACCUCCACCUCGACCACAUCCCCGCCACUAACCACCGUGGCGCUGCCACACAACGCCGUCAUCGUCAUGGCGACCACCACAGCCAUCUCCGGGGGCUGCGGGGAGGAUCCCCCCAAGGAGAGCCUGGCGCUCACCCGCUCCAACCAGUUACUUCUCUCGCCUCCCAUCCCUCCCCAUGGCAAGCCUCCCUCACCUUGCCCGCCCUCCCCCACAACUUCCUCCCUGCCCGCUCCAGUGCGCCACACCCUCUCCCUCACCCUCCUUCCUUCCCCUGUCAUAGGUGGCCUGCUCCUUACUCCCUCCUCUUCCGCCUCCCCUCCCGUAUCUUUCUCCUCACCCUCUCUCCCCCCGCCGUUCCUCCCCCCUGCGUUUGACCCAGACUCCUUCCUGAACUCUCCCAAGCAGGGCCAGACGUACGGCGGGCCCGUUCCUCCCAUCAUCUGCUCCUCCUCCUCGCCGCUCUCCCCCUCCUCCCUGGCGCUCUCCCCUACAUCCACCCCGCCCUCGUCCAUCUCCCCUCCCUCGUCGCUCUCGUCAUCCUCCUGCGAGACGGACAGGAAGGACUCGGCCUCGCUUCCGCCCUCCUUCCUCUUGUCACCAACCUCCUCGGUGGCGCCGCCCCUCCUGCCGCUGUGUCUGGAGCUGGGAGCCGUGGGGGUGCCCGCGGAGGCGGAGGGAGGCCACUGCGAGGAGAAGGAGCAGGGACAUGACGCUCACAUCUUGGCGCCUCCCACAAAGCUGCUGCAGCCCAGCCAGUCGUCGACACCAGGAAAUGGCACCGCAUCGCAGGAGCAGCCCUAUGGUCGCCUGUCCAGCCCUCCCUCCUCCCCAAACCACCAAGACAUCACCAUGGACACCGCAAUACAGAUGUCACCCGCCUUGCAGGUGAAGCAGGUCAACGGCCCGCCCCCCGACGCCGACCCCCCUCCCAUGGACACGCAGCAAGAAGCGGAGGAGCUCGAAAUCUCCUUCGACAGCCAAUUCCCAGACCUCAUCUCUGACCUCAUCACGGUAGAGACUCAUCCCGUGUCGGCGCCGCCUCCCUCCGCCCCCGUCGACGUGCCACCCGGUCCGGCCGUCUUCUCGGCCGGUAUUCGCUACAUGGUGCCCCCUCAGCCCUCCCCCUCCACCUCCUUCCUGCCCUUUCCUCACCCGCUACCAUCUUCGUCGCCACUCGCCUCCAUCACCGACUUCUCGCCGGAGUGGUCGUAUCCCGAGGGUGGGGUGAAAGUAUUGAUCACAGGACCGUGGAGUGAGCAGACGGGUCGAUACUCGUGCGUCUUCGAUCAGAGCGCUGUCCCGGCUUCACUGAUCCAGCCCGGUGUGCUGCGCUGCUACUGCCCUGCCCACGAGGCCGGUCUGGUGUGUCUUCAGGUCGUGGAGUCAGGGGGCUCCGUGUCAUCGUCGGUUCUGUUCGAGUACCGCGCCCGGAAUGCUAGCUCGCUGCCCAGCUCACAGCUCGACUGGCUCUCAUUGGAUGACAAUCAAUUCAGGGUGUCCAUCCUGGAACGCCUGGAGCAGAUGGAACGCAGGAUGGCCGCCAUGGCGGCCCGCGACUUUGCACAGCGACAUCAACAGCAGCAGCAGCAACAUCAACAGCAGCGCCGGCAACAUGUUGGCCGAAUGGCCGCCACCGCGCCGCCGCCGCCGCCUCCUCCGCAUGCGCCCCAGGACCACGGGCAGUCAUCCCAGUGGUUCGAGAGGAGGAUUGUGCACGUGUGCGAGAGGAUGAUGAGAGGCGUGCGGUGGAGCGGAGGCGACGACGAGCGGCUUCAGCACUCGCCGCGUCACCGCGGGAUGACGCUGCUCCAUCUGGCCGCCGCGCAGGGCUAUACGCACCUCAUACGCACGCUGAUCACCUGGAGGCGCGUACACUGUGACAGUUUGGACCUGGAACAGGAAGUUGACCCUCUCAACGUGGACCACUUCUCCUGCACGCCGCUGAUGUGGGCGUGCGCUCUGGGCCACCGGAAGGCGGCGGAGCUCCUGUACGGCUGGAGCGCCGUGGCUCUCGGCAUCCCGGACUCGCUGGGCCGCCUCCCUCUGGCCGUGGCCCGCUCGCGAGGACACACGUGUCUGGCCGCCGCUCUGGAGGAGCUGCACACGCACGCCACCGCCUCGCCCGUCUCGACCAGCCCGGACACAGGCCUCAGCUCCUCCAGCAGCCUCCCAUCAUCCCCCUCGCAAUGUUCGGCUGCCGCCAUGGACACCUCCCCGUCAUCCCCUUUGUCCCCUUCCUCAACCUCGUCAUCCUCCAUGCCUGUGGAAGAGCCGCACGCAGCGUUGUCCCUCCCGGAGUGUACGAGCGAGGGUCCCGCGUCCCCCCGCCUACUCCCCACACUGGCAGAGCAGCUUCUGAGCUACAGCGACAACGUGGAGAAUGAGGAAGACGACGAGGAAGAGGAGGCGGUGGUUGACAUGGCAACGCUGGCGGAGCAAAUCAUCGAGGCGACUCCGGAGCGAAUCAAACACGAGGACUUCACCAGGGGUGCCGAGUCACUGCUCUGUGAGAGGCGGGAUGUCCAGGACACCUGGCUGGCGACCUACCUGGACACGGUCGACGCCCACACGCAGCCUCUACACAGUGUCCAGCUUGUCCACAGUGGUCUCCAUCUGUGCAGGCGGGUGUGUCCCCCGUCACCCCUCAGCGCUUUGGCCCUCCAGAGGCUGCGGCCGCCCUCCUCUGCGGCGUGGGCCGAGUUUCUGAACGCGUCUGCCAAUGGCCGGAUGGAGCGCGACUUCGCCUUGCUAACGCUGACCGAUGGCGAGCAGAAGGAGCUCUACGAAGCCGCCAGGAUCAUCCAGAACGCCUUCCGGAGAUACAAGGGUCGCCGGUUGAAGGAGCAGCAGGACAUGGCCGCAGCAGUCAUUCAGAGAUGCUACCGCAAAUAUAAACAGCUAACAUGGAUAGCUCUCAAGUACGCCCUCUACAAGAAGAUGACCCAGGCGGCCAUCUUGAUCCAGUCCAAGUUUCGCUCGUACUACGAGCAGAAGCGCUUCCAGCAGAGUCGGCGCGCGGCUGUGCUCAUCCAGCAGUAUUACCGCAGCUACAAGGAAUAUGAGAGGCUCAAACAGGGCCCAGGGGGCGGCACAAACCACAACCCCAAAAUCAAGGGGACCUUCCUGACCAAGAAACAGGACCAGGCUGCACGCAAGAUCAUGAGGUUCCUGAGACGCUGCAGGCACCGGAUCAAGGAGCUGAAGCAAAAUCGGGAGCUGGAAAGACGAGGCCUGACCACGUAAAUUCACUCAUCGGUGUCCUGAUGAAUGUAGUUCGGCAGGGAGCGCAUGGAGGCAAAUGUCCAUCUAUAUUCUUAUUGACUUGUUGGUACACAUGUACCCAUACAUAUAAUACACGGGACUUUUGAAAUGCUGUUAUUUAUGACUGCUUUUGAGUCUUAAUGAACUGAACUGUGAUUGUGAGGCCGCAGUCUAACUUGUUUUGCAUGAUGCCAUUGACAGAGGAGGCGUGUAGAGAAAAUAUCGCCUUUAAUUCAGACACGCUUGGAACCUCAACAAAACAAAGCAUCGUGAGACAUGUAGUUCACAUGCUUUGUGUGUAUGUGUAUAAAAACAAUAGCAAUCAUCAAUAUCUGAUCCACAAUGAAAACAAACUAAACAAUGACUAAACGAGAA